AUUGAAGAAAAAAAUGAUGUGGUAUUUAAUGAUAUGUUAUCUUUACUUAUUGUGGCAAAUACUGAAAAAGAUAAGAGUAGCAAAUCUGAUUUACGACCCAUGACUGAUGAUGAAAUUAUGGGAAAUAUUAGGGAUGCAUUUAUUGGUGGAAGCGAAACGCAUCCAAAAGUCUUAGAAAAGCUUCGCCAAGAGCUUGACAUGGUAUUUGGUGGAGAUUGUGAUCGUCCAUUUACUUCAGAUGAUAUCUCUAAAUUAAAAUAUUGUGAAGCUGUAGUCUAUGAAACAGGAAGAAUGCAUCAUAUCGCUCAUUCUGCUUCUCGUUUAAACACAGAACCUGAUGAAUUGCUUGGUUAUCAAUGGCCAGCACGUUCCGAAUUUAUAAUGUUUUUUGAAGGUGGAAAUAAAAAUCCUCUAUAUUGGGAAGAUCCUGAGGUCUUUAAUCCAGAUAGAUUUAUGAAAGAUGAUAAGAUAAUAAAAAGGAAUUUUAUAUAUUUUGGUGCAGGGAUCCGACAAUGUCCUGGUAGGAAAUUGGCAAUGAUAGAGAUGAUAGGAAUAAUUGCUAUGUUAUUUAGAAAGUAUAAUGUUACUUUGAUGAACGAAGAAUUACAUUACAAAA